AUGACAGACCCAUUGGAAACAUCAUCCUGGCUUGGAAUUUGGGAAGGAGAUGAUACUCAAGAAGAAAAUACAGUUCAACAACAACAACACCAACAUCGCGGUCAAAUAGGAGACUGGAGUAGUUUUAUGAUUGCCGUCGAUGAUGAGGGUGGCCAAGAAUUACAAAAAUCACUUUCCACUAUGAAUCUUGGAAUGAUGAUGAAUAAAACCAAAACUAAUAAUAUCAAUAGUAAUAAUAAUAAUAAUAAUAGUACAACAGGACACAUCAAUAUAAAUAAUAAUAAUAAUAAUAAUAAUUCAUCCAAUUGUAGUAGUAGUUCAACAACUCCAACUCUUUCAUCAUCUCCAAACAAUAAUAAUAUAAAUACACAUAAUGGAUCACCAACAACUUCAUCCUUGAUGUCAUUCUUCAAAAAAUCAAAUAGCAAUAAUAAUAAUAAUAAUAAUUCUGGUAAUUAUUCAAUAUCAAAUUCAAAUGGUAGUUCAAGUUCAAGUAAAUUACAAUUGAACAAACAAACAUCGACUGGAUCAAAUUUGGCUGCAUCCAUUCAUUACAAUCAAAUCACAUCGUCUAAUGAUUCGCCAAGAUAUGACAGUCCGUCACCAAGUAUGAGUGGUGGGUCCAAUCCAACUUCUCCAUUACGUACAAGUGGAGGUAUCACUAAUCCCAACAGCAACAACAACAACAAGGUCCACAUGUCACCAUUAAAUUUGGGUGAGGUGUCACCAGUUUCGUCUGGAUGUAACUCUCCAACUACUCCAACCCAUCAUCAUCAACAACAACAACAACACCUUACCAAAGAACAAUCAUCAUCAUUCUUGAACAAUUUAUUUAGAAAAAAGAAAUUACCGUCUGACCAAGACUUGCUAAAGAAAAAACAGAGUAUUGGACUCAAUGAAGUUGGUGGUUCCAUGUCAUUUGGUGAUUCUUCUGGUGGUGAUUGUAUGACUCCUAGAGAAGUGGAUACCUCGUCCACAUCAUCCUAUCUCGAUGACAGAGAACGACUAUCAGUCAUCAACGAAGCGACCGAGGACAUGGUGUCUGAUAUUGAGUCGUUGAGCUCUGCAUCUACCUUUUCACCACUCCAAGAUUUAGGUAUAUCCGUUGCAUCGGAUCGUGUCAUGGAGGGAUGGAUGGAACGUGCUUCAUCACGUUCAAGCAAGUUUAAAAAGUAUUGGUUUGUUUUACGUGGUAUUCAUUUGGAAUAUUAUAAAGGUUGGUGGGAAGUUGAUGGAAAUAAUAAUAAUAACAAUAAUAAUAACAAUAAUAAUAAUAGUCAAACAUCACCACAACCAACAUCUGCAAGUGGUGGAAAGGACAGACCAUUGUCACCAACCUCCACCUCUACCACAACUACACCCGAGAAUAGAAUCACACUCAAUUAUUGGUAUACAUUCUCAAAGGUCACUGUUGAAGACAACAAAUAUGUAUUUUCAAUCAUUCAAUCAUCCGAAGUUGAAAAGACAUCAGACAAACACAAACUAUUAAAAUUCCGUUGUGAAAAUGAAGAUCAUGCAAAGAAAUGGGUUCAAGAAUGUGAAUCUAUUAUUAAAAAGAGAAAGGAAACAACUGUUACACUUAGACCAUUGGCAGAUGGUAAAUUGGCAGGUGGAAGAAGACCUACUAUAUUUGGAGGUUCACCACCAUUUAUUCCACCUUUGAAUACUGAUGCUUUGAAUGGUGGUGGUUCUAGUACAUUUGUCAAUGAGAAUGUGACACCAAGACAUUUCCCACAGUCUCAGUCAUCGCCACGUACUCCAACCACUCCAAGCAACCCAAACAUCAUAAAUGGCAUUGUCACCAACAGCGAGAUGCUCAACAUCCCCAAGGAACUAUUAGAAGACCUCGAACAAGACGAGAAAAAGGUGUUGGAAAAUGUCAAGGCUCUGUUGGACGAGUUCAAACCCACACCUCUCCCAUCAGGCGUAUCCGCACAAGAGUAUAGGGACAAACCACGCGGUCCAGAUGGAAAGUACCGUGUCUUGUCAAUGGAUGGCGGUGGUUUGCGAUCGGUGAUGGUGUGCAUCUUGAUUGAACGUAUCAUCAAAAAGUAUCCAACCUUUUUAGACUAUGUCGAUGUGUUUGCGGGUACUAGUGCAGGCUCGAUUGUCGCUGCUGGCAUGGCUAUGCAAUUCCCAUCCAAGGGUGUUCGUCGUGUGUUGGAGCAGACUGCAGCACCAGUGUUUGGCAAGAAGCGUGCUGGACUCAACGUCAGUAGCGCCAAGUACUCUCAUCGAUUGUUGCGUGCUGCUUGCUAUGUCUUUUUCCAGGGUAUCAAGUUCAACGAGCUACCUCGUAAACUUGUCGUGCCAGCAUUCCAACUGGACAGUUCGUACCCACCACAAGCCAUCCCCACUGCACCCGAUGUCCGCAGAUGGAUGCCUCAACUAUUUCACAAUGUUACUGGAUUGGAACCACACCCCACAUCGGCCCGCGGUGACUCUCCACGCUCUCAACACUCGUCAUCGUCCUCUUCCACCAUCUCUCAACCCGGAUCGAUGGACUGGAGAAACAAGGAGCUUGUAAGAGACGUCCUUUUGCGUUCAGCAUCUGCCCCCACUUUUUUCCCAAGUUACCAAAACUUUAUUGACGGUGGUGUUUUCUGCAACAACCCUGCCAUGGCAGCUAUCAGUCUUGCCAUCUCACCACAACGAGACAAUAUCCCUCUUGACAAGAUGAUUUGCUUCUCUGUGGGAACUGGUGUCGCUGAAAAUUUUAUGGAAGGUGGCCAUGGCGAGUACGAUUACGGCCUCUUGGGAUGGGGACCGAGAUUAGGCAACCUUUUCAUGGGGUCACAAGUAGAUUUCCUCACGCAACUUUGUGAAAAUAUGUUGGCUGAAAGAUACUUUAGACUCAACCCAUCAAUUGGUGAAAACACUUCCAUGGACGAUCCAAAAUUGGUCAGUGAAUUGGCUACCCUUGCAAAUCAAGUAGAUUUAACUGAAACAUUUGAUUGGAUUGAAACUUAUUGGUUUCCCAAAUAA